ACAAACUAGUGAAGUCAUAUAUUUCACAACCACUGGGAGCUGGUACCUGCACUGCACACUUGGAUCUCAACUGGAAACAACUUCAACACAAACAGCAUCAUGUCAAACAAAGGUCCAGCAUACGGUCUGAGCCGCGAGGUACAGGCAAAGAUUGAUAGAAAGUAUGACCAAGAGCUAGAGGAGCGUUUGGUGGCGUGGAUCAUGGCUCAAUGUGGCAAUGACGUGGAACAACCUGAGGCUGGGAAGACGGGCUUUCAGAAUUGGCUCAAGAACGGCCGUGUGCUGUGUGAACUCAUCAAUAGUCUCUAUGGUGCAAACAAGCCCAUAAAGAGCAUUAAGACCUCCCCUAUGGCAUUCAAACAAAUGGAACAAAUCUCCCUGUUCCUUGGAGCGGCAGAAAAAUAUGGAGUCACCAAAACUGAUAUGUUUCAGACUGUAGAUCUUUUUGAAGGGAAAGAUUUGGCUGCAGUUCAGAGAACCCUGAUGGCUUUGGGCUGCUUGGCUGUCACAAAAGAUGAUGGCAACUACAAAGGAGACCCCAACUGGUUUCACAGAAAAGCCCAAGAGAACAAGAGGGAGUUUUCAGAGGAGCAGCUGCAGCAAGGCAAAAACGUUAUUGGUCUUCAGAUGGGCUCAAACACAGGAGCGUCUCAGGCCGGGAUGACGGGCUACGGCCAACCACGGCAGAUCAUCAACUGAAGCAGAACUCUUACCUCGCCCCGAAUGUGACAGGACUGUUUGAGGAACUGGACCAAAACUAGGACCAAAGAGAACUGAACCAACUGGAUUAUACUCAUACAUUCCUUUGUACUUUCUUCAAAGCCAACAGUAUGUUUAGUAUUUUAAACAAUGUGUACACCAUAGUUUUCUGUUGUCUCUGUCCAGAAGAAAUGAACCAGAAUCAGAGUAGAGUAGUUUACCGAAAGGACACAGUGAGCCAAGUUCUCUAAACUCUUUUGAACAAAACUAAUUUAGUGAAAUGUAUAAAGUUCUAACAGAGAAAGAUUUUGGACAUGAAUUUAAUGACAAAUGAUCUGUGCAAACUUGCAUGUACUGCAAGUGUUUAGAAUUAUUUAAAUCAUCUGUAGAUUAUUUAUUUCUUUUUACCAGACAGCAGCCAAUUUAUACAUUUGGAUUGCUCCACAAAUUUUAAAGUAUCAUGGCACUCUUUCAUCCAAGGGUUACUUAAAGUGUUACAUUUUUACACAAUCAUUGGACUUGGUCAUUAUUUGCCCAAUUCACAUGAGUGUCAUAGGAAAAUUAUGAAAAUGAUCAUAUAAAAGUAAUCUGAAUGAUUUAUAUAGCAAUGAACACGUGCAAGUAUGAACAUGAGAAACUGAACUGUCUUGUUUAAAAACCGGUAUCCUCUCACUGUUGCUUAGGUGUACCUUGUAAAACAGCUGAUGUGUUACAACAUGAAGCAUUCUGCUAUAGGCAAAUAAGCAGGUGAAGUAUGAGAACAUAGAUUUAAAAAGAAAUUCUCUCUCUAAAGUUUCAAACAUGCUGCUGAUUUUAAUAAAAUAAAACUGGAUUCAAUGACAUAAAA